CUGGGUUUCCUAAAACCCUUAAAAUCUAAUUGGGGAAGGACAGAGAAAAGAAGACUUUGGGGAAGAAAGUUAAGCUUUGAAUACCCAGAAACAGAGUGGAGAAGAUGUGGUUAGCGGGGUUGGUGAAGAACAACGUAAAGGGAGGGAAUGGCGGCGUUGGGAGUCUACUGGUUCGAUACAUGUCGAGAACUAGGGCAGUAAAUGUGAGAAAGAUCAAUCCAAAAGUACCCAUUCCGGAAGCUAAAUCCAUCGCCAGUUCCCUAUAUGACCUCAUCAAGCAACGUGGUCCUCUCACCGUUCCCAACACUUGGACUCUCGCCCAGGAAGCUGGAAUUGGUGGAUUAAACAGCAAAACACACAUGAAGAUAAUGCUCAAAUGGAUGAGGGGAAGAAAAUUGUUAAAGUUGUUCUGCAACCAAGUUGGGUCCAACAAGAAAUUUUUGCACUGUACGCUGCCGGAAGAACCUCGAACUGAACAAUCAGAAAGCCUUCCAGAGCCUGUACUGCAAACCAAGAAGAAGCCUUCUGCUAAGAGAAAGAAGAAAACUAAAAAAUGAUUUAUAAUGGUUCUAUUGCAUGCAAUCAACUUUGCUGCUAUACAAAGAUCCUGUAGGAAUUCGAGUCUUACGUUUUGGGUGAAUGCCUCUAUCGUAUUUUAUCUGCUCCUUUACCUUACUUAGGCAUUUAUUUUGCAGGUUCCUUCUUCCUUUUUCUCAUUAGAAUCUUCUGAACACAAGCGUGAUGAGUUUUAAUCGGAUCUGAUGGACUGAAAGAUGUUAAAGCAUGUUUGCCUGGUUAAUAAUGUUUAUGUUUAUGUGCCUGCUGACUGUUAUUUGAUAUUGGGUUGCCUAUGUUGUCUUUAAACAUGAACUGGAUUUUAUGACAGGUUUGUAGCUGGAGGUUUUAGACAACAAUUUGAUCAGACAACAUGCUGAAAAUUGUGUUGUGUUGUUAAGAAGGAUACUAAGAAUCUCAACUAGGAAUUUUUAUCAAGUUUGGUUGAUUUGUGAAGAUAUUUGUAUUCCAACACUUGAUGAUGCUAAAUUAGAGUGCAAGAAACGAUGUCAAAGUUAAUACAUAAUUAUAUUGACCUUAA